GACGAAGGGUUUUUCUAGUCUACACCGUCCAGAGAGGUUUCUGGUCCGAGAGUGAUUCAAUCUGGGCGAGAAAAUUCACGAAUUCCCGAGAAAGUGCCGGAAAAAAAAGAAUGAGUAGAUCACGAUCACCAUUGUUAAUAGCUUUAUCAUUUCUCUUCAUAUUCUUCAGCGUCUCUAACGCUCUUUACGGACCGUCGUCGCCAGUGGUUCAGCUCACUCCUUCUAAUUUCAAGUCUAAGGUUUUAAAUUCGAAUGGAAUUGUUUUGGUUGAGUUCUUUGCGCCUUGGUGUGGUCAUUGUCAAGCUUUAACGCCUACAUGGGAGAAGGCAGCCAAUGUCUUGAAAGGAGUUGCUACUGUGGCAGCCCUUGAUGCUGAUGCUCACAAGUCCCUUGCUCAGGAAUAUGGGAUUAGCGGAUUUCCUACAAUAAAGGUGUUUGCCCCUGGAAAGCCUCCAGUUGACUAUCAGGGAGCUAGGGAUGUCAAACCUAUUACAGAAUUUGGCUUCCAGCAGGUAAAGGCACUUUUGAAAGACCGUUUGGCUGGUAAAGCAUCUGGAGAAUCAAGUGAGAAAUCUGAACCUACUGCAACAGUAGAAUUGAAUUCCCGCAACUUUGAUGAAUUGGUGCUCAAAAGUAAAGAACUCUGGAUUGUGGAGUUCUUUGCACCUUGGUGUGGACACUGUAAAAAACUCGCUCCUGAGUGGAAGAGGGCAGCUAAUAACUUGAAGGGGAAGGUGAAACUUGGUCAUGUUGACUGCGAUUCUGAGAAGUCUCUCAUGAGCAGGUUCAAUGUGCAAGGGUUUCCUACCAUCUUAGUAUUUGGCGCUGACAAAGACAGCCCAACUCCUUACGAGGGUGCAAGAACUGCCUCUGCAAUUGAAUCAUUUGCUCUAGAGCAGCUUGAAACAAAUGUUGGACCUGCUGAAGUGACGGAGCUGACUGGCCCAGAUGUCAUGAAGGAGAAAUGUGGUUCCGCUGCCAUUUGCUUCGUUGCUUUCUUACCCGACAUUUUAGACUCCAAGGCAGAAGGAAGGAACAAGUACCUGGAGAUGUUAUUGUCAGUUGCAGAGAAUUUUAAAAGGAAUCCUUACAGCUAUGUUUGGGCUUCUGCUGGUAAGCAGCCAGAUCUUGAGAAGCGUGUGGGAGUUGGUGGGUAUGGUUACCCAGCUCUUGUUGCCUUGAAUGUGAAGAAAGGAGCAUAUGCUCCACUCAAAAGUGCAUUUGAGCUUGAGCAUAUCAUCGGGUUUGUGAAGGAAGCAGGGCGUGGGGGCAAGGGCAAUUUACCUUUGGAGGGCAGUCCUGACAUUGCAAAGACGGAACCAUGGGAUGGUAAAGAUGGAGAGAUGAUUGAAGAGGAUGAGUUCUCCCUUGAAGAACUCAUGGGAGAAGAUACAACAAGAAAGGAUGAGUUGUGAUAAAUUGGAAAUAGAACAGAGCAGCGAGGAACAAGACUUUGAUGUUACGAGUAAUGUGGUUUCACUAAUUGAGCGGUAUUGAAGGACUUAUUUUUCCAUAUUGGAAUGGGACUCUUGCUAUCAAUGUUCUCAAGUCCAUUGUCGUUAUCUAAUAUAAUGUAACCCUUUUUCCACGUCUUUCUCAAUGAUUAAUUGAUGAUCAAACCAUGUCUUUAACACCCUAACAUACAAUACCAUCGAAGAAGCCCUCAAACUUUUCUCCCAUAUGAACCCCAAAAAUUCAUUUUCUCCGACAGUUGUGAAAGCGGCAAAAUCUGCGAUGCACUUCGGCUGUUCGACCAAAUGCCUCAUUGAAACCUAGUUUAUUGGAACACAAUGAUUGUUGGGUUCUUACACCAUGACAGAGUUAAUGAAACUCAUCGACCGUUCGUUAAAAUGCCUAAAAGAAACGGAUUCUCUUUUACUCUAAUGAUAACUUGUUUUAAACGUUAAGGGGAGAUUGAAAAGGCUAGAGAAUUGUUUGAUUUAUUUCUUCAUAGACCUGACGUGAUGUGGUUUGUUGGAACGCUAAAUAUUGGAAAGUAUGGUAAGAAAGGAAGAGUCGAUGACGCUAAGAGAUUGUUUGGGAAAUGCGGGUUAGGAAUGUUGUUUCUUGGAAUUUGACGUUAAUAAGGAAGUGCGUUUGGGAAGCGAGUUUCAUGGAAUUUGA